AUGGACAUAAGUUGUCUUAAAAAUUUUCCACCAUUACCAAUAGUACCAGUACUGGCCAAUGAUUCAAAUCAUCUUGUUCAUCCAACUUACAACCCGAAUAGUGGUAGCAUUUCUAGUAGGAUUUCUGCUACCAUGGCACGUUCAACAUUUUCUAAUCAAAAUGUUCAAUCGUUGUUACAAAGAUUAUUCAAUAAUAAUUCUAAUUCAUGGAGUGUGUCAGAAAUCACUAAAACAAAGCCAAUUCCUUCGGUGAUUGUUUAUGCCAGUGUAGCUCUGGGUUUAUUUUUAAUGUUUUCAAUUACAUUUUGUACACUCUCCUGUUGCAAAUUGAAAAAACAUCAAAAUCAAAAGCGGCGAGGCUCGAAAUCGUCUCGUAUUUGUCUAUUCUUGCUAAUCGUAGUUUAUCUACUUGGGAUAGCAGACAUGAUUUAUGUUGCUUAUCGAGUUAAUACAUCGAAAACUUCUAUUGAUAAUGGAAUUAAGCAAUUAAAUCGAGACAUUUAUCCAAAUGAAAUCGCCGGACAUAUUCGAUAUUUAAAUCGACAACUCGGAAAUCUUGAUCAAUAUUUCCUACAACAAAAUUCAAUUUUAAUCAAUGCAUCAAAAUCAAUGCUAAUCAAUGCAUUUGAUGCAGUUUUAAACGGCAAAUAUUACCUUAAUGAUACUGCUCAACAUGUAAAUAAUAUCGAUAGAAAUGUUCAAAAAUUAAAAAUUGUAGUAAAGGAUGAUUUAUCAUUACCUGCAUUAGUUGUACAAAUAGUUAACAAUGUUGCAGAACAAUAUGAAAAUACAAUUGUUUUUCUACAAAAACCAUUAGAAGAAAUUUGUAAUUAUACUAGUGGAACCGAUGCUGAUAUUGAUCGAGAAAUAUCGAGCGCAUUGUAUACUGUUCAUCGUGCACUGUCAAAAAUUAUUGAUACAGUUAAUAAUGAUAUAUUGCCGACAAUGACACCGUGGGAAAGUCAUAUGUUAAUAAAUCAAAACUUAGAAGAAGACAUUCGUGGAUAUUUUAAUCUUGUUGGAACUAUUGCUGUUGUGUUCGUUAUAUUACUUGGUGUCAUUCCGUUGGGUUUCUUUAUUGUCAUAGGAAUAUCUUGUUUAUGCAAGGGAAGUGGCCAUGAAUCAAGAGGAAAUCAAAGUCGAAUGCCGAUGAAAAAUAUGAGCAAAGAACGGUACGCACACUCGACAGAUGGUUAUUCCAAAAGCAACAGCGCCCAGCAACACAGGACAGCUAAUAAAAUGAGACCUUCAUACCGAAACGAAUCGGAAUAUAUGGAAUCAGAUAAUGGCUCAUCUGGCGUAUUAUUUUGUCUAAUACGUAUUGCAUUCAUUAUUAUGAUAAUCAUGUUGAUUGCUAUGGUACUUCUAACAGGUGCUUAUUAUGCGCUUGAUCUUGCUGUUCAAGGUGCUUGCCGAACAGUUCAUGAUGAGCAACCUUGGCUAAUUAAUUUUGCCAUAGAUAAAUUAGUUGGUUUGAAUAAUUUAUUUGUGGAUCGUUCGGAAAUGAAUAGAACAACAUACAAUGUAAUUAAUGAUUGCCGUGAUAAUGUACAUUUCACUAGAAAAAUGUUCGAAGAAUAUUUUUCAAUAUUAAAUACUGAUGUUGAAAAUGUAAUGAAUAAAAUGAGCGAAAAAAUACAUAAUCAAUUUGUUCAAUCUAUUGGAGAUAUUAAUAUUCCUGCAGAUAUCGAUACAGUCGUGGAUUUAAUUACUCAAGCCAAUCGAACGAAUAUUACAUCUAUUGCUGUUAAGAUUCAAGCAGAUUUAUUGGCAAUAAACCAAUUAUUUAAUAAUAUAAGUAAUUCAAGUUCAACAUUAUCGAAGAACUUCACGCAAUCAACUAUCAAAGAGGUUGACGAUUAUGUGAAGUCAGUACUUGAAUCAACUGUGGAUGGGUGUCCUCUACCGUUGUCAACGAUUUAUAAAGCGGAUACGUUAGUGUGUCACAAUUUAAGUAGUUCAUUGAAUGGACUCUGGCUCAGCAUUUGCUUCUUCAUGUUUUUGGUUAUAUGUGGUUUUUGUAUUUUUGGUCUUUCUGUCUACAGACAAUCGAAUUAA